AUGGAUGACGUAUCAAAAAAGUACAGCGAGGACGGCGACAUGGACGACGCAGGCGACGAUUCGGUCGGCUGCUUCGGGCGGCUGAUACUCUCGUUGCGGAUCAAUCCCAACUUGGUUAUGCUGAAAGUGACUUUGUUCGUUAUGUACGGCGCGACCGCGUCGCUCCUCCCAUAUCUGACCAUACACAUGCAAAGCAUCGGACUCACCGUGCCCGAGAUAUCUUUUGUUUAUUUGGCGCUGCCCUUCACCACUUUUCUGAGUCCACCUGUGACGGGUUUCCUCGUGGACCGCUUCGGUGAAUACAAACCGGUGGUGAUCACGGCGCUGAUACUGAACGCGGCUUUCCAUCAUUCGUUGCUGUUGAUACCGCAUCAGGAGACGCCCGGGAUCAUGCCAUCGGCUUACGUUAUGCGGCACCCCAUCAAAAGGAGCGUCGAGAUUUGGUGGAGCCCGUGCCCUAGUAGAGAAUGCCCGGACGAAGAUGAACAAGUGGACUUCGUUCUGGACAGGUGCGUGGACCACUGCAUGUUGUCCAGGCCCACGGAAAGCCCAGCCAGCGACCCUUCUGAUGACAAAGAUGACCUCGACUUUCAUAUCAGUCAUAAGAUAAAACCCCCAAAUUUAUCGAACAGCAGUUACUUAAACAUGACUGAUGAUGACGAAGAUUACAAUGACGCGGCAUUCUUUCUGAUUGAAGUUCAUGAUGAUUUAGGAGAGCCAAAGGAGCAGCUAGGAAUUGAAAUGGAGCGGGAUGACAAUGAUACGGUGACAGAUUUUCGAUCUAGGUUCGGCGAGAAGUUACUGAUAGCGCAAGGAGUGAACAUAACUGCGCUAGAUAAGGAGGAUCUUAGGUGUGGUGGUCUUGUUAUGUUGCAUAAUAUGACGAAGCUGUCUCAGCAACGGUUGGAAUCGCUCUCAGCGGACUGCAUGGUUCAAAAAUGCGAUUUCAGGAAAGGCGGCCCCGAAAUCUGUCCGCCCGAUUACAAAGAGAGCGACGACAAGACAUUCUACAUUUACUUCUUCUUGAGGUUCAUGGGAACGAUUAUGCUAUCAGCCGGCGUCACGAUUAUGGAUCCGAUCGCUUUGACAAUGAUACAGAAGUACGGCGGUGACUUUGGCAGAGAGAGAUUGUUCUCUAGCAUCGGAAUGGCGAUAUUCUCCCCUAUCACAGGCAUGCUUAUAGAUAUGAGGAGCAAACAAGUUGGUUACACUGAUUACUCGGCCGCUUUUUACACUUACGAUGUUUUACUUUUGGUAUCGGCGAUGACGGUUGCAGUAAUGCCACUCGGUGCCAAGUUGCCGGCCGACAAUUUGCUACACGACCUUGUGAAUAUCAUCAAGAUGCCGCACAUAAUCAUAUUCAUCUUCUUCCUGUUCGCACUAGGCAACUUUUGGGGCUUCAUCGAGUCUUACCUGUUCUUGUAUCUGAAGGAGCUGGGCGCGCCGAAUUUCCUGCUCGGAAUAACCGUGACCGUGGGCACACUGAGCAGCAUCCCGUUCCUCUACGGAGCGGAUGCCAUCACCGCACGGAUCGGUCACGUGAACGUCAUCAUCGUCGCGUUCUUUUCCCACGCGGCAAGGCUCGUCGGCUACUCUUUUAUAGAGAACUCAUGGUGGUGCUUCCCGUUCGAAGCGAUGGAAUCGCUUUCCGUACACUUGAUGUGGGUGGCGGCGGCUACUUACUGCGCCAUGCUGGCACCGAAGAGCUUGCUGGCGACGCUCAUCGGAGUUUUGGGGAUGGCACAUUUUAGCCUUGGAAGGGGCAGUGGCAGUUUCGGGGGAGGGCUGCUUAUAGCAUCUUUGGGAACAAGAGAGGCUUUUCGGUACAUGGGCCUGAUUGCCUUCUUGGGUGGAGUGUUGUACGGAAUUCUACACUACUUCUGGCUGAGGAAAAUUAACAUGUCCGGUAUGCGGGAGGUUUGCGAACCGGAUACAGAAAGCGGCGAAGGGGACAAGCUUAACGGCGAACCGCUGAGGAAGGACGCCGAAACGAUGAUUUCGCUGGAGAGGCUGCACAUCAUCACCCGGUUCAAUCCAUUGGGAUCAUUGCACUCCCUGCCAAGGAGUUCCCGUGCAAGGCUUUCUCAAGGCGACAUCAACGAGCUGUGCAGGAGCCGCAGUGGCAGCAACAGCCAGAGGCGCUGCAGCAACAUUGAGAUCCUGCCCAAAACGCCGCAGGGCUCUGCGUCGAAGGUCGACUUACUCCGUUCAGCGUUGGAAAUAACCCAUCAGCAAGCGAAGGGACACAUAUCGAACCCAGUACUGUCCAGUCAGAUCAGACACCCUAAUCCGUAUAAGUUCGCCAACAGCGCGCCGAAACUGAGCCAGCGGAAUAACAUAUCGCAGCCGGCGCUCGUCGAAUUCGACUCGCGGCGGCGCGACUCCAUACCGGAGGAGGUGGAGGAGGACCGCCUGGUGCAAAGGCACGGGAGGGCCCCCGCCCGCCUUCCCCCCACUUACGACGAGGCGACGAAACAGCGCAGGAGGAGUUGGCAAUCAGACGACAGCACGCCGACC